GCUCCCCGGCUCUGCCCCUUCCCCUUCCCCCGCCCGGCUGCGGCUUCCGGGCGGCCCCGGCCCCGCCCCGGCAGCGCGGCCUGUGCGGAGCGGCCGCGGCCAUCCCCGGGUGCGGGCAGAAAUGUUCCAAAUACGCACAGUUCUACCAAAAUCUUCAGGUUUCAGCAGGAAAAAGAUGUGGCUGUGUGAGCUCGUGAGGUGGCUUUAGCAAUUCCAAUCUGCAUUCUGGCCCAUGACAAGUUCAUUACACCAAUUAUUCCAGCAAGAGAGCAGAAGCUCCAUAGGAAACUGUUGUAGUUAGAGAGCAACUUGUGUUACCGUGGCUGCUUUGCCUCUUGAUAACUCUGUAAUUAACAUGUCACCACUGUUUAAUGCUUCACCUGUGCAGAGGACCAGUUCAUGGCAUCACAGAGGGGAUCAGGGCCUGGAGGAGAAGCUGCUGCCCUUUGGGAGGAUUCCUGGGGUUGCCCUGAAUGGCUGAGUUAAGGCCCUGUGCAGGAAAAGCAGGGUGUUUGUUGUGGGAAGUGUGGGUAAGUUGGGAAGGCUGCACCUGAGCAGUUCUGGUUAAACUGACUGGUGACAGGGGAAACGCCUUGAAGGAGCAGUAAUGCCAGAAAUCCAAAGGAGAGCAUGUCAAAGACAUGGAUGGCUGUUUUUGUAGGUUUUUUUUUUUUCCUAUACAAUAAGGGUUUUGGAGGACUGAGAACAGCUGAUGCUUGUGAAUUAACCCUCAGGGUGCUGGCUGGUCUGGCAGUGUGUAAUCUCCUUGUCCUCCUCCUCUGGUGGCAUCCUCACCUGUGGGGCUGCAGGGUGGUUGUUCAGGUGUUGGUGCUGGAAGAGCUUCUUGGGAACAAACUGGAGGUCCAGGUGUCUUGGGGUGUCAAAAUUAAACAGCAGCAUCCAGACCAGUCAGCUGUUCUGCCUGGGACACAGCUGACCUAAAUUGCACUUAAUUUCUGAAAGAAAAAGCCUUUCUGCUGGUGAAUUGUUAUGUCAUAGUUCACAGAGCAAUAUCAGGGAAUGGUUUGGGUUGGAAGUGACCUUAAAUCCCACGCCCUGCCACGGCAGGGACACCUCCCACUGUCCCAGGCUGCUCCAAACCCCAGUGUCCAGUCUGGCCUCGGGCUCCAGGGGCAGCCCCAGCUGCUCUGGGCACCCUGUGCCAGGGCUGCCCACCCUGCCAGGGAACAAUUCCUGCCCAGGAUGAUGAUGGAGCAGGAGCUCAGCCUUUUGGGCAGGAGCUCCAUUUCCACAUCAAAUUCUGAACGCGUGGAGCUUCUAAAUCCAUCCUGCAGGCAGUAAUACUCCCUCUGACACUGCAGAGAUUUCCUGCAUCUCAGUGCUCCCUGCUUGUGGAGCUGGCACUGCCCAUUCCCAGAAGUUGUCAGGGAAGCUGGAUACACAUCCCAGCUGUGGCAUAACUCCGAGGAGCCAGCACUUGUUAACUCUAUUUGUUUUUAUUAUGGACAUCGAUCUGCCAGUCGCAAUAAUGCAUUUAUGGACAUUUUUCUGCAAGCGCAGCGCUGGUGGCAGUUUUUACUGACAACUUGAGUCAUCUGGACAGGAGUUGAAAAUACGUUUAUUUUAUUGACGGAUUGUGCAAUUCUCUCGUUUACCCAGUGUUCAUAAGAUAUCUGGACUGGUGAAGAGAAUGUAACUGAUGGGAACAUGGAGGAUGAAGUUUUAAUUUUGGGUGGUUUGGAAUCUUUUAGGUAGUGACAGGUUCCAGAAUGUGUUUGGGGUAGGUUUGGGAGCUUUAACUUCAUUAGUGCUGUAAUUAAAAAGUGAAAGGCUCCUUGUCCUUACAGCAGAAUUCCAGACCUGAAUUCCCUCCCUCUGCUGAUAGCUGGGAAUGUUACUGACCAGUAACUGUGCUGAUUUAUCUGAAGGUGAAGCCUUUUUCCUCCACGAUGGCAUCGAGGCUGGUUCCAAAAGUGAAUUCCAAACAGGGAGGAUCUCCAUGCAAGGAGAAGCAGGUGGUUCUGCUCAGCCCCCUGGGCAGGAUGGAGAUCUCGGGGUGUGAAGCGGGCGUACAUGAAAUAAAACUCCCCAAAAUGAGCCUGCUGCCAAGCGGCAGGGCAGAGCCCUCGGUGGCUUGCGAGGUGUGCGAGGGGGCCGAGGAGAUGCCGGAGCCCCUGCAGCAGUGCACGGCCUGGCUCCGAGCCUACUUCUGUGAGCCAGCGACCACAGGGACCCUGCCCGUGCCAGCCUUCCACCACCCCCUGCUCCAGAGAGAUUCCUUCACCAGGCAGGUGCUGUGGACACUGCUGAAGGAUGUCAAGUUUGGGGAGGCUGUUUCCUACAAGCAGCUGGCAGAUCUUGCUGGCAACAGCCGGGCAGCCCGAGCCGUGGGUGGAGCCAUGAGGAGCAACCCGGAUUUAGGUAUUGAUGAGGCUGCGAGUGAAAACAAGCUCUUUCCCUUGUGGGCCUCUACCCAGAAGAACAAAAGCGAAGUUGGAGAAAAAUAUUCAGCUGGUGCCCGAAUCAGAGGGACUCCGGCAUCGAUCCGAGGGCUCCUUCAUAUUAUUUUUUUGUUGGAGACAAAUCUCUGGGUUUGGAAGUUUUAUAGCGUUUGAGGUAGGGGCUGUGUGUGUGUGAUGGAUUCGUGGAGGAGAGGAAUUAGAUUUCACAGCAUGAAGAUUUCAGCGGUGCUAUAAUAUUAUGAGCUGCUUGGUUAUUGAUAAAAAUUACAUUAAAUGUAGCUGAGGCAUUAAAGCUCCAGACUAGGGUAGUUCUCCCUCUAAAAUGUCCUUAGGGCCCUAAUAAAUUUUAGCAGGUUUAAUUAUUUUAGUAGGCUGAACGUUGUCACCACAAUUAAGCCAAACUGAAGCAAUAUUCAAUAUUUUUAAA